UAUGAUUUCGAUUUCAUCAUCGAGAACCAACGAGGAAUGAAAGUCUUUGGGAUACCGUUGUUCUCUAAUAAAAGUCUUCUACCGUUCAUUGAUCCUUCGAAUUAUCAACACAUCAACGGCAAAACCAUCUUGUUAAACUAUAAUAAGAUCGAGAACUACCCAUUACCGGACUUAGCCUGGAAGUGGGGGUGGUCCAAUUGGUACAUUUAUAUGGUUCACGACGUUGACGAUCAAGGUUGGAUUUAUUCAAGUUUAAUCUUUAACUGGAAAUUUAAUUGGAAAGGUAAAUACUACUUCGGUAACUUCAUUAGAAGAAGAAUCUGGAUUCGUUUAAGA